AUGGCCACGCGCCCCAGUCCUCUCUGGCUCCUGGGCCUGGCCCUGUGUGCCCUCAGUGGUGGGGGCUCCGGCCAGCGCCUCCAGCCCGGCUGCCCGCAGCGUCGCCUGGGAGCGCGCGAGCGGCGCGACAUGCAGCGAGAGAUCCUGGCGGUGCUCGGGCUGCCCGGACGGCCCCGGCCCCGCGCGCCGCCCGCGUCCGCACGGCUGCCCGCGUCCGCACCGCUCUUCAUGCUGGACCUCUACCACGCCAUGGCCGGCGAUGACGACGACGACGGUGGGCGCCAGGAGCGCGGACUCGGGCGCGCCGAUCUGGUCAUGAGCUUCGUCAACAUGGUGGAGCACGACCAUGCCCUCACCCGUCAAGAGCCCUGCUGGAAGGAGUUCUGGUUUGACCUGACCCAGAUUCCAUCUGGGGAAGCAGUUACAGCUGCUGAGUUCCGGAUUUAUAAGGUCCCGAGCACCCAUCAGGUCAAUAGGACCCUCCAUGUCAGCUUGUUUGAGGUGGUCAAAGAGCAGUCCAACAGGGAGUCUGACUUGUUCUUUUUGGAUCUUCAGACGCUUCAAGCUGGGGACGAGGGCUGGCUGGUGUUGGAUGUCACAGCAGCCAGUGAUCGCUGGUUAUUGAACCAUCACAAGGACCUCGGACUCCGCCUCUAUGUGGAAACGGAGGACGGACACAGUGUGGAGCCUGGCCUGGCUGGUCUGCUGGGGCGCCAGGCACCACGCCCCAAACAGCCCUUCGUGGUCACUUUCUUCAGGGCGAGCCUGAGUCCCAUCCGAGCUUCUCGAGCAGUGAGGCCAUUGAGGAGGAGGCCACAAAAGAAAACCAACGAGCUGCCGCAGCCAAACAGGCUUCCAGGGAUCUUUGAUGACAUCCAUGGCUCCAGUGGGCGACAGGUGUGCCGUCGGCAUGAACUCUAUGUCAGCUUCCGGGACCUUGGCUGGCUGGACUGGGUCAUCGCCCCCCAGGGCUACUCGGCCUUUUACUGUGAGGGGGAGUGUUCCUUUCCGCUGGACUCCUGCAUGAACGCCACCAACCACGCCAUCCUGCAGUCCCUGGUUCACCUGAUGAAGCCUGAUGCCGUACCCAAAGCGUGCUGUGCGCCCACCAAGCUGAGUGCCACCUCUGUGCUCUACUACGACAGCAGCAACAAUGUCAUCCUGCGCAAACACCGCAACAUGGUGGUCAAGGCCUGCGGCUGCCACUGA